AUGCCACGAACAAGAGCAACCCAUCAGCAGAAACUAGAACAACUUAUGCAAUCAAAAGAUAAACCAAUAAUAUCUGGUGUUACAGGAGAAAGUUUUCUGGCUAAAUUAGUUGGAUUUCAUCCGGUAAACAGUCUACCGUUUGAUCUGAUGCAUGACUUUGCGGAAGGCGUGUAUCCUUUAGUUUUACUCGCUAUAUUGAAGGAGGCAUCAAGUAGACACAUUUUAACAUAUGCUAAAAUAGAAGAACGAAUACAGUCAUUCCAGUAUGGUGUGAACGACGCAAAGAAUAAACCCCCGAUCAUCCGUAUUAAGCAUCUCGCUAAUGGGCAUAUUGUUGGUUCCGCUAGUCAAAAAAUGUGUAUAUUUAAAUUGAUACCAAUAAUUCUACAUGACAUCCUUGAUCGACCAGGAGACACAUUGGAUAUUUAUGUUUGUUUACGGAAAAUCAUUAGUAUAUUAUAUUGUACCAAGAUGAGAAGAAGUUGGUUACCCUAUUUAGCAACAUUGACAACAAGAUUCCAGUCGUUAAUGGUGAACAGGCUACCAAAUAAUGUUAUUCCGAAAGUGCAUUUCGUCACGGAAUAUCCGUGUUUAAUUGCGAUGAAUGGACCGCCGACAGGCUACGACUGCGAUCGAUUUGAGGGAAAACAUUUGUACUUCAAACAAUUAGCCAUUCGGUCAUUCAGUUUUAAAAAUCCACCACUGACUUUGGCCAAAAGACAUCAACUUCGACAAUGCCUUUUAUUAUCAAAUAAAAGUUUUUAUAAUAUUACCGACGAAACAACCUGGGAAAAAACAAUUCAACAUUCUGAAUUAUCUUUACAAGUUCAACGUUUACUGAAUGAAAAUGGUAUUGCUGAAUUAACCUAUAUUGAAUGUAAAACAAUAAGCCUUGAUCAUGUUAAAAUCGUACAAGAAUCAGCCUUCGUAUUUAAAUUAGUGCAUGAAGAAGAAAUUCCAUGUUUUAUUUAUAUUCGAUAA